GAUGGAGAAUAUUCUGAAUACGUCGACUUUCCUUCAUCCGGACAUCCGGUGAUAAAUAGGCGUUUUGUCUCUCUUAGCAUUGUUGCUGCUGUCCUAGACCAAAAGGAGGUCAUGGGAUUAUCCACCUGAUUGGGGGAUUAGACUUUCAGACUGCCGACAGUUUUGGCACUAGGCAGAGCAAAGAAGCAUGCUAUGAUGUGUGGAUUUGGGACUAGAGGGCUUUGGGCCCGGCCCAUUGGGCGAUUGUGCAGGCUAGCCGCCGCUGCCACUGGUGAGGCCCAGGAUAGGCCCAGAAUCCCAGAUGCAUACCAUUUUCAAUUGCGCGUACCAUUUUCAUCUUAGUUGCUGAAUGUGGACGCUUUAUCCAGAAUGAGGUAAUCACUCUGAAAUGACUACACCCACCUAAGCCAUUAGACACUCAUCGAUCAUAAGCUCACUCCUAGUAGAAAAUUCUGGCUCAUUAGAAAAAGGAGAAGGGAAGAAAAGACACAUCUUGCUGCCUCUUACCAUAUUCAAUUGUGGGUAGACUGACGAGCCCAGGUCGCGGCAUACGCGCACGCUACCAAAAUUCACGCCGCCCGCCGGCCUUCGAUUCUUGCUCACCAAACAACCUCCGCUCGCCACUCCCCUCGCCGGCCACACGCCAUUGGCAUCCCCUCCAGCCUCCCAGUCUCCUACCGCCGGAGUUCUUAUAAACCUUAAAGCACUGUCGCUGUUCUUGCCGGGUCCUCGAAGGCGCGCCAGGCCUCCAGAUCCUCGUCCUCUCCGGCCGGCCAAGCACCACCGUACAAUGGGGAACACGAUCUCCUCCGCCGCCGCUCCCGCCCUGUGCGCCGCCUUCACCGCCCUCGAGCUCGUCAACCUCCUGGACCCGCAUAGGACUGGCGCGGGCACUAGGGCAGCCGAUCGAGCCCCGGCGCUCCGCGUCGCGGUCCGGGCCUUCCUGCCGUUGGCUGCGGCGGGGGGCUUCUUCACCUGUGUCGCGCUUAUAUACCGCCACCUUCAUCACGCGCUCGCCGCGGCCGCUGCGGGCGCCGGCAACCCGCGCCUGCCGGAGCUCGUGACCUUCACCCUGUGUGCGUCGGCUGGGUUCCUCCAGUUCCUUUUGUUCGUCCUGCAGGCUCCAGGUGGCGUGGAUGACGGCGCGGCACGCGAGCUCGGUCUGGCUGCGCUCCGUGGUCUGCCCCCUGCGGCCACAGCGACCUUCUUUCUGGGCAUCCUGCUCAUAAUCGUGGGGCACAUCCGCGCCGGCGGCGAGGGUGGCGGUGGCGCCGUCGCCGGAGUCCUCGUCAAGAUGGCCGUCGGAGCGGCGGCGGGACUCGUCUGCCUGAUGGCAUUGGCCGUCUGCUUCGUUUAAAGUGGCCCUGACGCCAAAAUGUGGGUUUUGUGUGCUGCGAAUAAGCUGCUGCAAGAAGAGGUGCUGGCUGGCUACCAUCAUCAAAGUUCAUCAUUGGGAUAACGUGACAUUGCCCGAUUUUAUUUGUAAUAAUAAUUGGAUGAAAUUGACUAUGGCUGUGCUGGUUACCUUGAACUUGUGUGGAUCAUUUCUGAUACCUUGAACUUGUGUGACUGUUAUGGUUGAACAACUUUUCUAUAAGCUUCUGCCACCAUUUGAUAAACAGUCCAAUAUGGGACUGUGUGGUGGGUUAAUAAUAUGAUGCAAAAUCUUCUGUC